GAGGGGCUGGUGACUGGGCUGGGUUGCCCGCCUUUCCCUUUCUCGCUCUUCCCGUCCACUGACUGACUUUCCCUCUUCUUUCUCUUCUCCUCUCUCUCUUCCUCUUCUCCUUCAGCCCAAUUCCCCCUCUUCUUCCUGUUCGUCUUCCGACGUAAUCAGCCCACGAUUUCCACCUUCAAGUUCGAUACCACUCGCUUUGCACUUUUAACCUAGGAGAUCCUCUCCAUUCUUUACACAUCACACAUUCGCCAUGGCUCUCAAGAGAAUUAACAAGGAACUCACUGACCUCGGCCGUGAUCCCCCCUCUUCUUGCUCUGCUGGUCCUUCCGGAGAUGACCUGUUCCACUGGCAAGCAACUAUCAUGGGUCCUGGUGACUCCCCCUACUCAGGAGGUGUUUUCUUCCUGAACAUCCACUUCCCCACCGACUACCCAUUCAAGCCCCCGAAGGUCAACUUCACCACUCGGAUCUACCACCCCAACAUCAACGCCAACGGCAGCAUCUGCCUUGACAUCCUCAGAGACCAGUGGAGUCCUGCCCUCACAAUCUCGAAGGUGCUACUUUCGAUCUGCUCCAUGCUCACAGACCCCAACCCCGACGACCCGUUGGUGCCGGAAAUUGCUCACGUGUACAAGACGGACCGUCCCCGGUACGAAGCGACCGCGCGGGAAUGGACUCGCAAAUAUGCCAUCUGAUCUUCGCAAUUCAAUUUCCACGGCCACCUUGGUCUUCCCAAUCCGCUUCUGCGUCUUCUUUCACUCCGUUAGAUCAGAUCCGAAGCCUGGCGUACCGUGAUCGUAGAUCCUUUCCUUGUUAUUCUCCGUGAACUAUUUGCGUGUGUCUGGAAUUCCGCGUUUACCCCCUUAUUUUCGCUUUCUCCUUUUUAUUUGCGGGGGAAAUGUCAUAUCCAACGAUCAUUAUGACCACUUCUCAUUAUGCAUUCAUGGCAUUUUUUAUUUUCACUCAAUGGAGUCGGAUAAAUGUUACCUGA